UUCUUUUUAUUGUUAUCGGUUAUCACAAAUGUCAAUGUCAUAACAAAUCUCAAAUGAAAUAAUUUCAAAUUUAUUUUGUUCUGAUAAGAUUAUAUCUAAUAAUAUAAUGUAAAGAGCAAAUAUCUACAUCAAUUGUCGUAGGACUUCAUAACACACUUGUUGUAUCAUUUAUUGUAGUGCAGUAAAUAACUGGGUCAUUAGUUGACGUGACGUAUCUUAUAUCGUUGCCUGCCUUAACCAUGGACGGACCUUCUAGACCCAGAAAAAAGCUUAAAGCAUGUGCGCAAGUAGCAACAAAUGUGGUCGAGCAGAAGCACCAAGUGUCCAGAGCUAAAAGAAGCAGAGCUCUGGGUAGUCGAGCGUUUCGGGGAAGUACCGUUUGGUUUACCGGACUCAGUGGCGCCGGCAAAACUAGUAUAGCUUUCGCACUUGAAGCGUAUCUUGUCUCCAAAGGUAUACCAGCGUACGGCCUCGAUGGCGACAACAUUCGCACUGGUCUUAAUAAGAACCUUGGCUUCACCAAGGAAGACAGAGAGGAGAACAUCAGGCGGGUGGCCGAAGUGGCGAAACUUUUCGCCGACAGCGGAGUCGUCUGCUUGUGCAGUUUUGUUUCCCCAUUUGCAGAAGACAGAGAAGUGGCCCGCAGAACUCACACCGAUUCCGAUCUUCCGUUCUUCGAAGUGUUUAUUGACACGCCAUUGGAAAUUUGCGAGCAGAGAGACACUAAGGGUCUCUAUAAGAAGGCCCGUGAAGGACAAAUUAAGGGUUUCACUGGUAUCACUCAAGACUAUGAACGGCCUGAAGCCCCAGAGCUGGUCAUCCAAACAGUUGGACGAUCAGUCGAAGAAUCUACAAUGGAAGUUGUCCGUCUUCUUGAAUCACAGGGCAUAAUACCUCGUUACGAAGUCGACGGUGCCGGUGUCGAAGAACUGUUUAUAUACGGGAACAGAUUGAGCAGCGCCAUAGAAGAGGCGGCGAGGAUCCCUCAGAUUGAGAUCACGAAGCUUGAUUUGCAGUGGGUUCAAGUGCUAUCCGAGGGCUGGGCCUAUCCGCUCAAAGGUUUUAUGCGAGAAAUUGAAUAUUUACAAGCCCUCCACUCCAACUGCCUGACGCUGGGCGACUCGUCGCUCGUGAACCAGUCGGUGCCGGUGGUGCUGCCGCUGCAGACGGCGGACAAGGAGCGGCUGGCGGGCGCGGCGGCCGUGGCGCUCGUGCACGCGGGCCGCGCCGUCGCCGUCCUGCGCGCGCCCGAGUUCUACCCGCACCGCAAGCCCGAGCGCUGCGCGCGACAGUUCGGCAUCUACCACCCCGGGCACCCCUACAUCAAGAUGAUCGAGGAAUCAGGUGACUGGCUCGUAGGCGGUAACUUGGAGGUGUUCGAACGUAUUCGUUGGGACGACGGCUUGGACUCGUACCGUCUCACGCCUAACGAGCUCAGACAAAAGUUCAAAGAGUUGAACGCGGACGCCGUAUUUGCUUUCCAACUUCGUAAUCCAAUCCACAACGGCCACGCGCUGUUGAUGCAGGACACGCGCCGGCAGCUGCUCGAGAGAGGAUUCAAGAACCCCGUCCUCUUGUUACACCCUCUGGGAGGCUGGACAAAAGACGACGACGUUCCGCUGGAAGUGAGAAUUAACCAACACAAAGCCGUUCUGAACGAAGGCGUUCUGGAUUCGAAGUCUACGGUUCUUGCCAUUUUCCCCUCGCCUAUGAUGUAUGCUGGACCCACUGAGGUGCAGUGGCACGCCAAGUGCCGCAUGAACGCGGGCGCCAACCACUACAUCGUGGGGCGCGACCCGGCCGGCGUGCCGCACCCCGCGGCGCCCGGCGACCUGUUCGACGCGCGCCACGGCGCCAUGCUGCUCGCCGUCGCGCCCGGCCUCGCCGACCUCGAGAUUAUUCCGUUCCGCGUAGCAGCUUAUGACGCAUCAGUGGGUAAAAUGGCUUUCUUUGACCCGACUCGUAAAGAAGACUUCGACUUCAUUUCCGGAACUAGAAUGCGGGGUCUGGCCCGAGCCGGUAAGGAACCGCCCAAGGGUUUCAUGGCGCCGAGCGCUUGGAAAGUGCUCUCAGAAUAUUAUCAGUCGCUUAAGUCAAAAAUGGACACAAACUAAUUAAUUUAAAAAAUGAAAUAUAUUUAAAAAUAUAUAUAUUUUUUACUAAACUCCUUGGAAAUCGUAAAAAUGUCGUCUCCAAAUAAUGGUUUACAUUCCUAAAUUGUCUCUAAAGAAUUAUUUUGUGUAGUUAUACACAUUCCAAUUUUCACAGUACGAAAUGUAUUUACUUUUUACUUUUGACAUUUAUUUAAAGAAAAAAAAUAUAUUAAGGUCCGUUUAUAAUAUCACGAUAACUUUUGUUACCGCUAGACGAUUGCACAUAAAAACCGUAUUUUGUUA